AUGUCCAAAAGAGACUUCAGCCAACUAAAUUCCAACCAUUGCUACUUUCAUCCGAGUAUGAGCAUGCUUGAUGAAGAAGAUGACGAUGAAAGAUUUAGUUGUAAUGAACAUCGUAAGGAACCACAAGAAGCCUCUCAUGGUAUGGUUGCUAAGAAACAAAAAUCUACUUCUACUCUCCAAUCAGUCAUUGAACCAUCAACACUACCACACCCAAGGGCAAUAGGACAUGUAAGAAUACUUCUCGUUGAUUUAUCUUCUUGCAAUUCUCAUGAACCAAAUGAUGCGAACUCUGCUACUACAGAAACUGCGACUCGAUGGGAAUGGUUAUUGAAAAAGAAAUUCUCAUUGCAACAACUUGGGAAAAAGAAAUGGUUACUGAAUCGGGAGUUGCGAUAUCUAACUUUCUUUCCCGUAGAGUUUAUGAAUGAUCGAGAAUUUGUCUUAAAUCACAUUUCAAAGUAUGGCUAUGGAGUAAAUUAUGCUUCUAAACUAUUGCAACAAGACAAGGAGGUAGUUUUGAAGGCUGCUCCUUAUAGGUAUGAUGUGUUGUUUUACGCCGCCGAAGAACUACGAAGUAAUAAGGAAUUUGUGUUGGAAGUGGUUCAAGUGAACGGAAAGACUCUCUUUUUUGCAUCGAGUAGUCUUAAGAGUGACAAAGAUGUUGCUUUAGCAGCAGUGAGACAAAACGGUUUGGCCUUGAAAAGUGUGAACAAAAAUACUCUUCACAAGCACCAUGAAAUUGUUGAAGAAGCUGUCAAACAAAACAAUUCGGCGCUUCGUUUUGUUCCAACAGAUCUCCUAAAAGAUCAUGAUUUCAUGUUGAAAAUGCUUAAAUUGACAAUUCCAGAAUUGAGUACUUUUGCGUUGUUUGAUAACUCAAACAAAGAAUUGAUGAUGAAACUGGUUAGAAAAUGUGGAGUUUUGCUUCAGAUUGCAUCAGACGAAUUGAAAGAAGAUCGUGGCUUUGUUUUGGAUGCCGUCAAAAACGAUUGGGAAGCAUUAGCAUUUGCCUCUGAGACAUUGAGAAAAGACAAACACUUUAUUCUUUCGCUGGUAUCUGAAGAUGGAAGGAUGCUCCAAUAUGCUGCAAGUGAAUUAAAACAAGACAAAGAGGUCGUUUUAGCAGCUGUGCGAAAUAAUGUGGCGGCGAUCUACAUGGCUCGAGGCGCCGUGUUACAAGACAAAGAAGUGGUGUUCGAAGCGAUAAAGGGCAACAUGACAAAUAUUUGCUUGGCGUCUCCAGAGCAUUUAAGUGACAAACAGUUUGUGUUGGACCUAGCAAAGCUUGGUUGUCACAGCUUACUAAAAUAUAUUCCCAAACACUUGGCCAAUGAGAACGAAUUUAUGGAAACCAUUGUCAAAGAACUCAAGAAUAGUGGUUGCGCAAUACAGACUGCAAUUGACGAACCACGACGAGAGGAUUUACAAGCCCAAUACGAUGGUUAUUCAUCGGAUUAUAGUCAUCAAUUAUAUCAAAAACGAAUGGAACAGUGUUAUUUUGGUGCUAAAAUCCACUAA